AUAUGUCAAUGUCAGUUUCCAUGGCUGAAGACAAGAGGUUUAUUUACUAUUAAUUCUAAUAUAAUUUGCAAAUUUUGUUAAUUAUUAAGUAUUACAUCCAAUUUAUUAAUCAGUUGCAUGAUAAGUUAACUGGCUUUUACUUAUAGCCUAAUAUAACUGAAUGAAACUAAGUAACAUAGUAUAAGAAGAGUUCUAAACAUUAUGGAGACUCCUAACAUAAUGUCUUACAAUCCUGAUCCUGAACCAAAUGAUUUGGGAAAUGUGCCGGCCGGAGCCGUAUUGUCCGCUGGCGAAGAUUUGGCUGACCUACAAGAGCAAGUGAUGUCCAACUUUCAGAAGCCAAAUGUCCCCAAUAUUAAUGUACCAGAGAGAAUCAUCUUUUGCUUGGAUGUUUGUUAUGAUAACCACAAUGCCCUUUUUAGACUAGGAGAUGGAACUACAUUCACUCCUAUCAACAUGAUAAAGCGGGUACUGGACUUCUUCAUUCAUUCAAAAAGUGCCAUCAACAAAAAGACCGAAUUUGCUCUAAUUGUAUUAAAAGAUACAGAAGCUAGUUGGAUUCAAAACUUUACUUCUAAUCUAAAGGAAAUACUAAAUGCCAUUGAUUAUUUAAAUCCUGAAGAAUAUACUUCUAAUAGUUUUGAUUUUAACAAGUUGUUUCAAUUGAUUAAACAGAAAGUAGAAAUACCGGAAUUCAAAGAAGGUGAAUGCAUACUGCCUCCUGCACAUGUAGUCCGCAUGAUUGUCAUGUAUGGACGAUCCAACUGCAUUCCACUUAUACCACAAGAUGACUCAUUUUUCAUCUUCUUGAAGAAACAACUGUACUUUUACAUUGAUAUACUGCUGGCUCAUGAAGAAGAGUGUGCUACAUACAAAUGUGAAGAGGUUUAUGAUGCUCUGCAAGACUUGGAUAAUGGAUAUUCCUAUGUUUAUGAAGUUUCUAGAAAUGCAACCAAGAUUCAUGACUGUAUUGCUAAGUUACUAGCUCAUCCCUUACAAAGACCAUUGCAAAAGAACACAGAUUACACAUUUGGAACUAGAUAUUAAGUAAAACAACUAUUUUAAUAAUGAAAA